AUGGGUGAAUAUGGAAACGAAGUUGCAGAUACUCUCGCCAAGGAGGCCGCUUUUGGAAUUGCUGCUGAACAAAUUCACAUACCUUGGCCGCAUUCACAUUUGAAAUCUGCAUUACGUCUCAAAGCAAUCAUUUAUCCUAAUAGUGCAAAUGCAGAUGUCGUCGUUAGUGGAUAUGAUAUUCCGAAGGGAUCUGUGGUCGUUUCUAAUUUAUGGGAGGUUCAUAAUGAUCCUGAAUACUGGAAAGAUCCUGAGAAGUUCCUUCCAGAGAGAUUCCUUGUUGAAGAAGAUGGGAAAUUAACGACGAUUAAACCUGAUGGAUUUAUUCCAUUCUCCAUUGGUAGACGUAACUGCCCUGGGGAACAGGUUGCUAUGAUUGAAAUUUUGCACUACUUUGUGACGAUCAUGCAAAACUUCCAACUGUUGCCAGAAUUCGAUGGAAAACUACCGGAUUUAAGUGGAAACCUAGGAAUUACCUAUCAGUGCAAACCACAGAAAUUACGUUUCGUUCCAAGAGACUAGACGAUACGAAAGAUGAUUCCAUUAUUUUCAUUAUUAUGUCAAUCAUCCUUAUUUUUACUGUCUGUUUUCUGUAAAUAAUCUUUAUAAAAAGUCACAGAAGAAUGAUAAAUAUUCCAUAUAGAACUUAGAAUACCAUUCACUUUUUGAUUAUCUUCUUCUUACUAACUCCUCUGAUCUGAAUCAGAUCAGAUCCACAGUUCAGUCGCCAUCAUAACUUCCGUCACAAAAUUAGGUAUCCUCAGCAGGUUUUCACGCACCAAGGCAACACAACUAAAUAGACGUCUCGCAGUAGCUUCAUGGUUUUUACAUUUGGCUCAAGUGAGAAAGGUUUUAGUACCACGAGAAUAUCUGAGAGUCCUUAAAUUGUCUUGAAGUCAACAAAGCCUGCCACCCUUGAAACCAAUACGUUUUUAUUAUAUAUUUAUCAGUCAUCGUUCAAUCAAAUCUCUGAUAUUUGCAAGUAAAAAUCUUCGUAUUUGAAACUCAAUUUUGAAACAUUUUUUAAGGCUUUCUAAUUCCUUUCUUAAAAAAUAAGUUUUGGAAAAAGUUCACAGCUUUAUAUUUUCAAUAUAACCAAAUGAUUAUGUUACAUCUGAGUUUUAAUGUAGUGCAUUAAAAUUUUUAAAGUAAAUUUAACGACCUAUUAUUAAUCCUAUUACAGAUAAAAGAUUAAACUGCAGUUGAUUCAAACUAGCCUAGAGUGCUUCAAGUAUGGCAGACCAAUUUUGGUCCUAGCUCCUACUACAAUCCCAGAAUACUACAAUGAACGGAAUAAUUAUUAUAGUGUGGGGUUUUAUUUAAUUUUAUGAAUAGUACAUUUAUUUUAUUUCGGAAGCAACCUUUCCUACAAACACUCGUUUUCAACCCACGCUUUCUAUCCAGACUGUAAAUGUAAGAUUCUAGCUAAUUUAAAAUUACUUGAAAGGCUAGAUCAAGAUUAAUCAUUCGUUAAAAUCGUAGCUUCACAGUUAUAAUUUUUGAUUUCAAACCUUUAUUUCCCCUUUCAUAACUCUUAUUUAACUUUUCAUUAAUGUGUUUCAUGAUAUUAUUUUCAGCCCCUUGUAAUGGGAUGAUUUAUCAUUUGAUGUCUCAUAUAAACCUAAUCCAUUAAUAGAAUGCAUUAAGCCAUAAUAUAACUAUCCAAAAAUUAUAUAAGUAUGAAAUACUGAUUCUAUCUCUGUUUAAAUAUUAAAUACUUAAAAUCGUUAAUCCGUUUGCUAUGAUUUGGAUGUCAGUUGAACUACCAGCAAACAUAUCCACUUUAUCAAUGGCGAGCAAAUAAAUCUUUCAUUACAUUUAAUUUGUGUUGUUUCAAGAAUUUUAGUCAUUACUGACUAUUUCUGUAACUUAAUUUCUAUUUUAAUAAAAAUUUUAAUAAAGAAAAGCUUCUUUUAAAUUUUUUUUUAUUUAAGAUUUUUUUUACUUCGUAUUAUAGUUACUUUAAUAAAAUAGCAUUUAUUUACUACAUAAUAGAAUAGUUUGUUCUGAUUCUUCCAUAAGAAAAUUCGAAAUUUUAAACAUUUUUGUUUCUUUGAUAAUAAAUCAUUAAUUUUUCUUAUACAUUACAAUAAUAGCUCCAAAAAGAAAACAUACGUCUUUUCACAUUCCAGGCUUAAUAAAAAAUUAAAGUAAUAAAUGAAUUCGUUUAAUUAGUCUAGUACCAACAGUAAAUAUUCCAGGAAUAAUCAGAAAUACUUCUGAUGAAAAUUAAAUAUGCGUAUAACAGAACAAAAACUUAUAAUAUAUAUUUUGCUCCAAUGUGAAUAUUAUAACGAGGAAUGAAUCAAGGCAAACUUUGUAUAGUUAGUAUAACUUUUUUCCCUCCAAAUGUCGGGCACUUGCCUAUAACGGCAUUGGCCACUAGUAAAGCCGGAAGUGGUGGCCAUUUUAUUGUGGAGGCACCUAAUAGGCGGCCACCGUUACCUCCUAUGAAGAGACAGACAAUUUUUACAUCCAAAUGCCUUCCCCGAGAUUCGAACUUGGACCAUUCGGUAUUACAGUCAGGCUUCCCUAACCACUAUACAGUGUGGGCGGCUAGUUAGUAUAACUUUAUACAAGAAAAAUAGAUAAAGAGACUGAUAAUAGUUAAUAUAAUUUUAUACAGAAAAAAUAGAUAAAGAGACUGAUAACUGUAUAUAUAACUUUAAACAAGAAAAAUAGAUAAGGAAACAGACAAUAGUUAAUAUAACUGUAUGCAGUAAAAACAGAAUAGUUAGUAUAACUUUAAAUAAGAAAAAAACGAAUAGUUCAUAUAACUUAGAAAUAAUAAGAAAAAAAGAAUAGUUAAUAUAACUUUAUAUCAGAAAACUAGAUAAAUAUACUAAUAAAAAUUAAUGUAACCUUAUGCAGAAAAAAUAGAUAAAGGGACGGGUAAUACUUAAUAUAAUUUUAUACAGGAAAAAUAGAUAAAGAGACUGAUAAUGAUUAAUAUAUCUUGAUACAGGAAAAAUAGAUAAAGAGAUUGAUCUCAGUUAAUAUAACAUUAUGCAAGAAAGAUGGAUAAAGAGACUGAUAAUAAUUAAUGUAACUUUAUGCAGAAAAAACAGAAUAGUUAAUAUGACUUUAUACAGAAAAAAAUAGAUAAAGAGACUGACAGAAGUUAAUAUAACUUUAUGCAGAAAAAAAGAUAAAGAGACUGAUAACAAUUAAUAUAAAUUUAUACAGGGAAAAUAGAUAAAGUCACUGAUAAUAGGUAAUAUAUCUUUAUAUAGGAAAAAUAGAUAAGAAUACUGAUAACAGUUAAUGUAAUGUUUCAAAUAAUGUUAAAUAAUAUCAAAUAAUGUUAAAUAAUUUAUUUAAAUAAUGUUAAUUAAUAAUUAUGUUUCAAUUAAAGUUUUCUUUAAAUAAAUGUAUAAUUUUCCAUAGUUUAUUUGGUGCUGCUAAUUGCAAACCUGAGGGAAUGAGACGCUUGCCUCUUCCUUUGUAUAGCCUUUGCAGUUCAUGUUGUGUACAACCAGUGGAUUGUUGUAGUGUUGCUGGCGAUGUCAGUUCUCAGUUAACUUAUAGCUUCAUAGUCUAUUCAUCAAACUAAAAUUUUGAAACAAAAGCCGACUGCUUGCAAUCUUAAUACAAUUAUUAGUGUAUACACACUUCAUAGAAACAAAGAUAGAAUUAUUAGUGUAGAAUAUUACAAUAACAAUUAUUAGUAUAUACACACUUCGCUUAGUUCACUUAAUACAAUUAUUAGUGUAUACACACUUCAUAGAAACAAAGGUAAAGCUAGAAUUAUUAGUGUACAAUAACAAUACAAUUAUUAGUGUAUACACACUUCACUAAUACACUUUAUACAAUUAUUAGUAUAUACACACUUCAUAGAGACAAAGGUAAAGAGUCUGCCCUCUCAGUGUAAGGUCAGACUGAAAUUCUAGCAACGUAUGGUACUAAAAAGCAAAGGUCUUCCACCCUUGAUUUCUCAGUUUUCUCAGAAAAAUAUAUAUGAAUGAACUCAUUGCGAUGUAUGUACGUAAUAUUAAAAGGAUUUUACACACGUAAUAGUAAAAGAUACGUACACGUAAUAGUUAUCUUUCACGUAAUAGUAAAAAGAUCAGCUGCUAAUAUUCUGAAGAGCAUUUUUUAAAUGCUAAAUGGGGCACAUUUGAUUGUCAAUGCUGAACUUUCUGACGAAUUUGAUAAUUUUUCAGUUUUCUGGCGAAAUUUUUAAAAUUUUCUGAAACCUCCAAACAGAGUUAGAUUUGUAAAUUUUCAGUUUCUUAUUCACAUCUAUCUUUAACAUUAUGCACUAUCUUGUGUACUGUUUAUUUUUCAAAAUUUUCAGUGUUUUAUUGAAAACGUUUCUUUGGUACUUAUCAGUGAGCUUUAAAAGAAUUGGGGGAAAAGAAUGCAUAGGAUUCCACACUUUCAAAAAGAAAAUUAACAGAUCAGUUGAGCUAAAGCUAACAGAGCUGGAGGUCUGUAAUUAUAAUUAAAAUAUCUUUAUACACUCUAAUCGAAUGGAAAUGCUUUCGAUAAAUGCCUUGUUGAUGUGUGCUAUUAUAUGUCAAUUUUAAUUCACGUUUAAUUCCAUAUCUUGUUGAUUUGUGCUGUUAUAUAUCAAUUUUUAUUCAUGUUUAACCCUAUUAAGGAAAAAAAAUAUGAUAUCCGAAGCUAUUUGAUGUCAAACAAAGUGUAAUGUGAAACAUAUGCAAUAUGAAUAAAAUGAAAUAUUUCUUAACAAA